AGGUCGGACAGUCGUGUGACGAGCGGUCGUGGUGUGCAGCUCUUUGUUUAUCGUGCUCACGUGUUCUUUCUUCAACGAGUAUUCUUUCAUACCUUUGUACGUUUCAAGUAAAUAUAUGAAUCCGUACAACGAUCACAGCGUUUAGCUGAAAAAGUGAAUUUAUUGUGAUGAACUUUGGUGAACUGUGAUGUUAUAUAUGCUUGGGUUUUAUUGGUGCAUGGUCUUGUGAUAUUAUUUUAGUAGCAUUGAAACUUUAAGGUACGUAAUGUGCAUUAAACUAUGAGCGCCCUCUAAGUAUCGCAUAAACGUCAGCCAACUGCUUUUAUAACUUUAAUUGGGUUUCCAAUUAAGUAUGAGUUGAUCAUCAUUAAUCGUUUUUAGGAAUCAGUGAAAUAUAUUGUGUGAUAUAAGCAGUCAUAUGUACUUGGUAGACGAAAUGCUUGUUUUGGUAUUCGAAUCGUGACGUUUGCUUAAAAAUGACUAGUGACACGUUCUUGAAAGUGAUCUAAGAAUGAAGGUGCGUUAUCCAGGGAGAGCCACAGCCAUCGGUCCCGCCGCCAUGGAGUUCCAGUACGAAGCCAACUGGCAGGAGGUGACGCAGAAGUGGGCCCUGCAGGACAGAGAGAAGAAGGCGGCUCAGACCGUGAAGGAUAUUUCACGAAUAGGAGUUAAGCUGCCGGGAUUGACUGGUAGAGUGAAUCAUGACAAUUGGAGUCCUGACGAAAACGAACACAUGAAAAACGUUAACGAAGUUACUCCAAAAAAGCAACAGGGUUCGGCGAACAGUUCUGCCCACUCUUCGUUAGAAAGACAAUUUAAUAACCAUUCCCACAAGUUAAAGUUACCAUUGAACGGGUUCGAGCUGAGGAGGACCGGUGUCGAUGUGAAACCCAGCUCUAACACGCCGUACAGCGAAUUGGAGCAACGUUACCAGAUUAUCACACCCAAAGAUGUAGGAAGUGUACCGGAAAACCUUAGUCAUUUAGUGUUCAAACAAACCGAAGCCGUUGCAAAACAAGAAACCGGUGCUCUGGUUAAUGGAGGUGCUAAAGAUAAGAGUGAAUCGUCCAGUCAAGCGAAACAGACGACGGCUAGCAACAAAGACGGUGACAGAAGUAGACACCAUGACGAACAGGAAUCUGUUAGAGCUGAAGUUUCACAUUCUGGGAGCAGCCACCCGAGGACACCGCCGAGGCAGGAGAACGGUCAGGAGCUCCGCAGUGGCACAGUUCAGCCCCCAAAACCUUUACCUAGAACGGAAAGUGGACGAACUAAACCUCUUCAUCAACGCAACCCAAACGAUGUGAUAACACCUCCACCUCCUAAAAUAAGGCCUGGAAAUGCAUCGGUGAAAUUCAGAAAUGAGCCUCCGACAGUUAUUCCGAAAAGGAUGGAUUCAUUUUUGGAUGAUGGUAUUCCUGUUUCCAACACCAGUUAUGAUUAUACUGAAUUCGCCUCGGAAUUUGAUGAACUUCCUAAACCUAAAGAGACUCUUGAAUUACAACCCAUUCCUCCUGCACUCCGGUCUGUCAGGGUGCAACCCAGGGAAGAUGAAAUCGUUUCGUCUUGGGCCGCAAGGAAAAGAAGAGAAUUACAACAAGAGAAACAAAGGCGGAAAGCUCAAGUAAUCAAUAACCAUCCUUACGAAGAUAUCGACUCUUGGCAAGUCGAAGAAGACGACGAUGAUGCUCUCUACAACGGUAAUGUUUCAAAGAAGGGAAAAGGUUCACACAAAUCCCAAAAUGACGAGUUCUCCUCGACGAGCAGUAGUGAUAGACAUAAAUCAAACAGUAGUGAUCUAUUAAGGGAAAGUUUCCGAAUAGGGCCUAAGGAAAGGACUUCCUCUCUGGAUUCGGAAAGUUUCGAUGGCACAAAGACGAGUCCGGUACCGUUGGCUAAGUUCAGUGAUUACCACAGUGGUUCCUUAGACGAUAUGGACAUUCGGAUGUACCCGAGAAGGACUUCGCCGGACGAAAGUGUGAUAGAACCGGAUUCUCUGAAUCCGGUUGAAUCUCAAGAAUCGGAGUUCAUCAUACCCAGGCCGAAAUUGAUAGUUCCAGUUCACACGUACGGUAUCAGGAAGCGGAGGACGGGGAAUAUGUUGCACUCGUCUAGGCGAGGGAGUGAUGCAGAGACCGUGCUCAGCGGGGCAGGAGUGUCCGACAAGAAACAUCACACAUCAUGUCCAGAGGGCAGAGUCGAAGUAUCCAGGGAGUCGAAAUAUCUCAGCACCCUCGCACCAGGAAAAGUGUUUGGGGAGUUGGCCAUCCUAUACAACUGCAAGCGGACUGCUACUAUCAAAGCUGCAUCGGACUGCAAGCUAUGGGCGAUAGAGCGACAAUGUUUCCAGACUAUCAUGAUGAGGACUGGCUUGAUCCGGCAGGCUGAGUACACAGACUUCCUCAAGAGUGUUCCAAUCUUCAAAAACUUGCCUGAGGAAACGCUGAUCAAGAUCUCGGAUGUUCUGGAAGAGACAUUUUAUAAUGAAGGAGACUACAUCAUCAGACAAGGAGCAAGAGGAGACACAUUCUUCAUUAUUAGCAAAGGAAAAGUAAAAGUAACAAUCAAACAACCAAACACGGAAGAAGAAAAAUUUAUAAGGCAACUAAGGAAAGGAGAUUUCUUUGGAGAGAAGGCGUUACAAGGGGACGAUCUUCGAACGGCAAACAUCGUCGCAGACGACCCGGAGGGUGUGACAUGUUUGGUCAUUGACAGGGAGACGUUCAACCAACUCAUCUCCAGCCUGGACGAGAUCCGCACCAGAUACAAGGAUGAGCUUGUAGAGAGGAAAAAGAUCAAUGAGGAGUUUAAGGACGUCAGAUUGUCAGACCUGCGAGUAUUGGCUACCCUGGGUGUUGGGGGCUUUGGUCGGGUCGAAUUAGUACAGAUUGCAAUGGACCCAUCUAGAUCAUUCGCCUUGAAACAAAUGAAGAAGAGCCAGAUUGUGGAGACGAGGCAACAGCAACACAUCAUGUCAGAGAAAGAGAUCAUGGGAGAGGCAGAUUCUGACUUCAUUGUUAAACUGUUCAAGACAUUCAAGGAUCGCAAGUACCUGUAUAUGCUCAUGGAAUCCUGCUUGGGAGGAGAACUCUGGACUAUCCUUAGGGACAAAGGCCACUUUGAUGACAGCACCACAAGGUUCUAUACAGCCUGUGUUGUUGAGGCAUUUGACUACCUGCAUUCUCGGAAUAUUAUCUAUCGAGACCUCAAACCUGAGAACCUACUGCUGGAUGUUAACGGCUAUGUCAAAUUGGUGGACUUUGGAUUCGCUAAGAAGUUACAGCACGGCCGCAAGACGUGGACAUUCUGUGGCACCCCUGAGUACGUCGCACCUGAGGUUAUACUGAACCGUGGUCACGAUAUCAGUGCUGACUACUGGUCCCUGGGUGUUCUCAUGUACGAGUUGUUGACAGGAACACCUCCGUUCACAGGGGCAGACCCAAUGAAAACCUACAACAUCAUUCUGAAGGGUAUUGAUGCUAUAGAAUUCCCUCGCAACAUCACACGGAAUGCUACUGUACUCAUAAAGAAGCUGUGCAGAGACAACCCUGCUGAAAGAUUGGGAUACCAGAAAGGAGGCAUCAGUGAAAUCCAGAAACAUAAGUGGUUUGACGGUUUCAACUGGGAAGGAUUACGCAACCGCACACUUAUUCCUCCCAUCCUUCCCAAAGUACGUAAUGUAACGGAUACAGGAAACUUUGAUGAAUACCCACCAGACGCGGACGGCCCGCCUCCGGACGAUGUCAGCGGCUGGGACGCAGACUUCUAGUCAGACCUUGCUCUCCAGCCACUUCUGUGGGUUUUGAUUCCAUGUAACGGAUGAGAUAAAAAUAGCAGAUUCUCGUUCUGCUGGACUCUGUAAAUUUAUAUUUGUCCAUGCUGAUAAAGCAGAAUAGGCUGAGAAUUUCGGGGAUAAAGAGGUAAUAUGUUUAAUUUUUCUAAACAAAUUAUCAGGAUAAAAUUUACCAAUCAAAAUGGAUGCUCGAUGUAUUAUGAUAUCCCAUCCGUUAUAUUUUCGUUAGGUUUAUAUCAAUGUACAUAACCUUUACAUUGUUGGUCCUCCGUUAACCGGAGAAUGUGAUUGUUAUCUGUGCAAAAUAUUCGGACACAAGGUGUAGACUGUUUGUUGUUUGCAGACUUCAACAUUGUCAAAAACUGCCAUACCUAAUAUAAAAAACCUCAAUGCAAGAGAAGUAACAUAGUGGAUAUAUUUUGUGGAUAAGGGAGACGACUCAAACUUCAUGACUAAUGUGCCUUAUAUAUUUUUCAACAACCUGAACUCAGUUGCUGUUGCUAACAAAUUUUUUUAAACUCAUUUCAAGUCAAAUUUUUUGCAUUUCACAACUUUUAAUCCAUGCAAACCUAUUUCUUCUUAAAAAGUACAAUAUGGUCAAGUCACUGCCUCACGUGCCUCCAUUGUUUUGAAUAAUUAAUUGUUAACUCUAAAUUGGUUGAUGUGUAUAAUCAUUCUAUUUGUUCUAACUUUUACUGUAUCAGAAUUAAACUAUACAAUGUAAUAAACCUAUUGUGCCAUUUUUAGUUAAAGAUAAACUAAUGUGUAAAUAAUGUAAAUCUUUCUUGUAAUCAAAAUCCAUGCAAUACGUUUGCCUAGUUUCAUACUUUUAUUGCUCUACAAGACAGGUUGUGCCAAAACAGUAAAUUAUAUUGUAAAAUAUCUCUUUAGCAGAUAAUGCAACAGAUAUUAUUCUAGAACUGGUUUUGUUCUGAUAAGAGUGGUCAUUGACCAACAAAACUAACAUUUGUUACUUAUGUAGCAGUUUUUUUUUCCUCAUAAAUAUUGCUCCCUUUAUGCUCUUAAGGAAAAAUUGUUACACCUGCAUGACAAUAAUAGUUUUAAGAAUGGUUAUCAAAGCACUGUUUAAUUAUUUGUGUUAUUAUCAUUUUUUUAAAUGGCUUAUGUGCAGUUUUCUGAUGAACUAAAUAUUUUUCAUGCAUGUUUUCUUUAUAAGCAAUCCAAUAUUGUAUUUGGUAAAAGUAAACUGUUUGGUGUUUAAAUUAAAACUUUUUACAGAAAAUAAAUAACCACCAUUUGAUUUAGUGGGUUAGUCUGUACGAUUAAUUUGAAUUCCAGCAUUUUUAUCAGUAAUCAGUAGUUCUAUGGUAUAAGGAAUAAUCAUUAAUUUAUAUGUAUAUUUUAACAUAAUUGUUGGAAUAAACCGUAGACAUGUGAGUGGAAAUCAUCAAUCAAUAUUUCAAUUAUGUGUUUUUACGUCCAAUCGAGACUAGAUGUAUGCCUAUGAAAACAAAGUCGGGAAUGGAAGUUAAGUAACUGGCUAAAAUGUUUUGUUAAGUCUUUCAUUUUGUCUGUGUUUAUCGGUUGUGUGGAGAUUAGAACACUUCCGACAGCUAAUCUUAUAUUGUUCGGAUUACGAUUAGUGUUCACAGUCCUAGCAUAUUAAUAUUUUGUUCUUUUGAAAACUAACGUAAAAUGUGAUUUGUACAUUUGUAUAAAGUGUAAGUUUUUUUAUUACUGACCUGUUUAAUUAGGAUGGCUGUUUCUUGCCAGUUGAUACUUCCUCCUUCAAUAUACUAUAAGUGCCCUAGAUUUAUGAAGUCUUUUGUUAGUAAUAAAUUAUAUAUUGAAUGUUAAAAAUGUUAUAGGUUUAUAUGUAGUUAGUGUAAAUUGCAUAUAUACAAAUUAAAUGAAUUUCUUAUUUUAAUGUUGAUUGUUAAAUUUGACUAACAAAUUUUUACUAUGAUUGUUAUGAAAUGAUGAAGCUGUGCUGUUAUGAAAAUGCUGAUUUUUACACAAGUGAUGACAAUACAAGAUACAAUAUACA